AUGGCUGGACAAACUUACUUUAUUUCUGGUGGUAACAGAGGAAUUGGAUUCCAAUUAGUCAAACAAUUUGCUGAAGCUAACACUGAUAAUGUCGUAAUUGCUACUACUCGUUCUCCUGCUAGAUCAACUGAAUUAACAGAAUUAGCUAGUCAAAAUAAAAAUAUUCAUGUUAUUACUUUAGAUGUUGGUGUUGAAUCAUCAAUUGAUACUGUUGAUUCUCAAUUGAAAGAACUUGGAAUUGAAGGUAUUGAUACUUUUAUUUCUAAUGCUGGUGCUUUCAUUGAAGCUGAACCAACUCUUGAUACUAAAAGUGAUGUUUUCAUUAAUCAAUAUAGAGUUAAUACUUUAGGACCAAUCUUAUUAUUCCAAAAAGUUUACAAAUACUUGUUAGCUAAAGAAACCAGAAAAGCUGUCUUUGUUAGUUCUGCUGGUGGUUCUCUUACCAACUUUUAUCCAUUCAAUUCUACUGCUUAUGGUCAAUCUAAAGCUGCUUUAAAUUUCUCCCUUAUUCAAUUAUCUAAAGAAUUAGAAUCAGAAAACUUCACUGUUGUUCCAAUCCAUCCAGGUGGUGUUUAUACUGGUAUUGCUGAAGAAUCUUUAGAUAAGAUUAAAGCCACUAAUACUGAAUAUUAUGAAAUGAUCAUUAAACAACUUAUGCUGACUGAAGAUUGUGGUAAACAUUUAGUUCCAUUAAUUGAUGGAUUCAAAAAGGAAGAUUCAGGUAAAUUCAUUGAUUUCCAAGGUAAAGAAAUUCCAUACUAG